CAUCGCUCUCGUGUGAUGACGCCGUUGUUGGAUGAGCGCGGCUUGAAGCCGACGUGCCGCUCGUCAGAGCCCACGAGUUGUUUCUGAGCUGAAUUUUGUUCUCGUGAGCGGAGAGGCAUUUGCACUGCAGUGUUACAAUACAGCCAUAUUAAAAAGGUCCUUGGAGCAAAUAACCCUCCAGUGCUGCAGCGACGCGGCUUCAGUACUUCUAUGAGCAAUAACCGUGCUGGAUUUCCGACCUGAACUGACUGUGUUCUUUUAAUUGUGGUAUUAAACGUUCAUGGGAGCGUGAGAAAGACAUGGUGGCUGUGAGCAGAAUUUAGCGUUCAUGGUUGGAAAGAGCUUUCCGCACAGAAGUGAGAAUCAAAGAACCUGUGUGUGACAUCGUCAUGAAUGAGAGAAGAAAGUAAUACAGUAUUGGAUGUUCCUGUUUGCUGCCACUGUUUAGAGAGAAAAUGAUGCAUUAUGGGGAAUCACUCGAAGGGACUGAAUGAGAUGAACUGUUUGGGUUAUAGUAUCUGAAAGGCUCAAUUAUUCUCUUGGAGACAUAUUCUAAAUGAGCCUGACCGAGAUACUGGAUCUGUGUGAAGAGGACUAAGGAUAUAGGAUGUCAACUGAGACAGAACUUCAAGUGGCUGUUAAAACCAGCACAAGGAAAGACUCCAAAAAGAAAGGUCAGGAUCGCAGCGAAGCCACUUUAAUAAAGAGGUUUAAAGGUGACGGUGUCCGAUACAAAGCGAAGCUGAUUGGGAUCGAUGAGGUUUCUGCCGCACGGGGAGACAAGUUAUGCCAGGACUCCAUGAUGAAGCUCAAGGGAAUUGUUGCUGCGGCUCGUUCGAAAGGAGAACAUAAACAGAAAAUCUUCCUCACAGUCUCCUUUGGUGGAAUCAAAAUCUUCGACGAAAAGACAGGGCUAUUACAGCACCACCACGCAGUUCAUGAGAUAUCGUACAUUGCAAAGGAUAUCACAGACCACCGAGCGUUCGGGUAUGUGUGUGGAAAGGAGGGAAAUCAUCGAUUUGUGGCAAUAAAAACAGCCCAGGCAGCUGAACCUGUGAUUCUGGACUUGCGAGAUCUGUUUCAGCUCAUCUAUGAACUGAAACAAAGGGAAGAAAUGGAAAAAAAGGCACAAAAGGACAAGCAGUGUGAACAGGCAGUAUACCAGACAAUUUUGGAAGAAGAUGUAGAAGACCCUGUAUACCAGUACAUUGUGUUUGAGGCUGGACAUGAACCAAUCCGUGAGCCUGAAACAGAAGAAAACAUUUAUCAGGUUCCUACCAGCCAAAAGAAAGAAGGUGUUUAUGAUGUGCCAAAAAGUCAACCUGUAAGUCUGGAGAAUGGAAACUUAUUGCUGGACAUUGAUGAAAAUCUUGGUUCAGUCACUCAGGCUGUUACCCAACUAGAGCUUUUUGGGGACAUGUCCACUCCUCCCGAUGUAACCUCUCCCCCAACUCCUGCUACUCCAGGUGAUGCCUUUAUCCCAUCUUCAUCCCAGUCACUUCCUGCUAGUACAGACAUGUUUGGUUCUGUACCUUUCAGCACUGCUGCCGUACCCUCAGGUUAUGUUGCCAUGGGAGCUGUUUUGCCCUCCUUCUGGGGACAGCAACCACUUGUUCAACAGCAGUUGGCCAUGGGUGCUCAGCCUCCAGUUGCUCAGGUGAUGCAGGGAGGACAGCCGAUAGCGUGGGGCCAACCUGGGAUUUUUCCUCCUGCCCAGCAGCCGUGGCCGUCUGUAGCUGGUCAGUUCCAACCAACUGCCUUCAUGCCAACACAAACUGUUUUGCCUUUACAAGCAGCCAUGUUUCAAGGUACCAUUGCUCCUAUAGCUACUGUUCCACCCACAAGCGAUUCCAACAGAUCGAGUCCGCAGACAGACAGGCCCAGACAGAAAAUGGGAAAAGAAAUGUUUAAAGAUUUCCAGAUGGCUCAGCCUCCACCGGUGCCAUCAAGAAAACCAGAUCAGCCUUCCCUCAGUUGUACCUCAGAGGCCUUCUCAAGUUACUUUAACAAAGUUGGGAUGGCACAGGAAGCAGAUGAUUGUGAUGACUUUGACAUCUCUCAGUUAAAUUUGACUCCUGUGACUUCCACGACGCCAUCAACAAACUCACCUCCAACCCCUGCACCCAGACAGAGUUCUCCAUCGAAAUCAUCAGCAUCUCAUACCAGUGAUCCUGCUGCAGAUGACCUCUUUGAAGAGGGGUUUGAAAGCCCAAGCAAAAGUGAGGAGCAGGAGGCUCCUGAUGAGUCUCAGGCCUCAUCCAACAGUGAUCCAUUUGGUGAGCCAACUGGUGAUACUAUAAGUCCACAGGUCGGUAGCUAGAUAGCGCAGGUUGGGGAAGCAGAACCUCUCUACGCCCAGAUCAACAGACCUAAGAAAUAGCAUUGGUACGGGCUUGCGGUGCUCCGAGACUCGAACGAAACUCAACCACCUGGCAGGCCUUUGGCUCUCAUGCUUUUUUCCGAUUGAUUUUGUCUGGCAAGGAUAGAUGAUUGCCCUCCUGGACUGGCUCUACGAGCAUUCCUGACAAUUUUUGGCAACCGAUGGCAGAUCCCUAUGGCAGCACAAAGUGACAGCUCCCCUGCUUAGUGUACCAAGAGUCCGGCCCUGUCCCCACAACUCAUGGGUAUCCAGACUAGGAAAUCUCACUCCUCGCUCUUCUUUUCAGCAUUUCUUGUUUUGUGUAUGCCACAUAUAAAUGAUGAGCAUUCCUUUUCUUUUGAGCAAAAAAGCAGAAUCUGUAUGUAGCAGUGGCAUUAUCAUUCAACAGCCUUUUUGGGCACAAGUCGGCACUUUUUAUGUCACGGUGACAUGUUUUUCAUCAUCACUUACAUCAGGCUGAUCCUGACUUUUGGUUUUUUUUUUCCCCUUGCGUAGGCAUAUUUGAACAGCAACAACAGAAAAGUGCUGGCAGUGUCAUUCUUUUUUUCUUUGGUAUUUCUUAUUCUGUUGUUUUGUAUGAGUGACAGAUUCAAGAGCAAAACGCCUCCUGCGGAAAUGAUUCUUAACUUGAAACCACGGAAUAAAAACUCUGUUGUUUAUCCAUCCAGACUGAAGAUGUUGCCAAAUGUACCUUUAAGUUCUAGCGCAUUGUGAGGAAGAAAUGCUGCUUUUCUGUUUGAAUACUCAUUGUAUUGUGGGUAGAGGAAGGACACGGAGUCCCACCGAUGGAAGAAACAGAAGAUUCUUUCCUAGGAAACUCUAAACAAAGUACAGAAAAGGAAUAUUUUUAUUUCUUCGAUAUCUUGCUGCUGUAAUGCUAUGCAGACAAGUGUUUUCUUCUCUGUGUGCCAUUUUUUGAUGAAAAAAAAAAAAAGAAAGAAAAAAAAAGAAAAAUCAUUUGCCAAAUAAUACUGAUGUGAUUCUGGUUUAGGAAGUCGGAUGAAACGGACUUUGCAAAUGGGACAAGGGUGGCCUGGAUUUUGGAAUAAUGAACUGAUUCUGUGAUCGAAUUGUUCAUCUUUAUCACUUUUUGUACAUCAGAAAAAAAAAGAAAAAAAAGAAUCAAAUGGGAUUUUUAUUUUAUAACUUGAAAAAAAAAAUCUUACUGUUAAACUCUUUAAAUGUUUAAGGGGAAAUGGCUUUAAGGAGUUUGAAUGAAAAUUGCCAGGUUUUUUUGUUUGGUUGGUUGGUUGGUUGAUUUUUUUGUUUUUGUUUUGUUUUGUUUUUUAAUGUAAAUAUCAAUGUUAUGAGAAUUCUUUUACUAAUGCCAUUACACGGUAGAGAAGGUAGCGAGUUGCAGUGCUUGGGAGGUGUGGCAAACCCAGUUUGUGGUUCUCACAUCACAUAUGUUUUCUCACGUGCUUACAGUAAUGGGCUGAAGCUCAAGUGCAUGUGCUGAAGGCAAUCAGCUUGUCAGCAGCGAGUGAAAUUAAUGGGAACACAUGAUUUGAUGGCGUAGCUUCUUCACACAGGUGUACUCCACUAACGAGAAAUCAUGUUUCAUUGGCAUUCCUUUAUGAUUCCAGAACCUCUGCAUAGAAGUCAUCCAGCUGUUUACACACAGAAUGAAAGAAUUUGAAACUUCCAUUUUUUUUACAUUUAUGAAGCAGAAGUGCAGUGUUUGGGUUCAUACGUUUAGCACAUGAUUUUCAUAAAGAAUCUAUAUAUUUUUGCCCUACAGAGAAUUGUUAUACAGGUCAAAUGUGUUUUCCUGAUGUUCCUAUGCAGUUACAGUAUAUUGAAUUUAGUGGUUUAACACUAAAAAGGAAAAAAAGAGGAAAAAAAAAAAAGAAAAAAAAAGAAAAAAAUAGAAAAAGUGAAAAAGGUUAAAGAAAUUAAAUGAUUAAUCUGUUUUUUAGGGUUAUUGUGCAGAUUUUGUUUUUAAAUUGACACAUUAGGACUUGCAUUUUUGUCAUGGUUAAAAUAGGCCUGGAGUUAUAUUCUACUUCCCUUCAUCUCUUUGAUAAGCUAAAAAUGGUUUAGAAGGCAAAAUAAUACCUGGGGUGGCAAUUGUUGAUGUGUACAACCAAAUCUCACACCAUGAUUCCAAUCUUUUAUUUUGAAUUAGAGAAAUUAGAGCAAAGUGCAUUGCAGAAUGUAUGUGAAUGAAAAAAUUAGCUGUGAAUAGACCUACUGAACAUGCAGAGAAGAGGGCUUUUAUUCCCAUUCACAGUCGUUUGAUGCUUAUCCCUUAGACAUGUGCAAACAGUUUUGUAGCGAAUCUUGUUUUCCCAUGAGAAGGAAGGUUGGUUUUCUAACUGGAGAGGAUGAACUAAAACCUGGUGGGUUGAGUGUUUAAGGAUUAAAAGCAGAGGUAAAAACAUUUCCGAAGGACAUUUUAAUCCUGUUUUCCUAAUUUGCACAGUGGUGCUACUUAUUUCCUCAGCAACUCUUUUUGGUUUUAUCCUCCAUACGGAACCAAGAAUUUUGACUCUGUAGACAUUUGAGGUUCAGUCUAGUUAGUGCAUUUCCAGUUAUGGGGUAAAACGUUGAAAGAAAAAGAAGAGAUUUAUGCCUUAGAGGAUCCAUUGACAUCAUGUUGGUAGGAAGCAGAUGAUUUCUGUAGCUCUUGCAACAAAUAGGUGCAGAGGGAACGAGGCUGGGAUUGUAGCGUUUCAUGGGAGACAGCUGGGCCAUCCCCAUGGGCCACUGUCAUACCAUAACCAACACUGAUAAAUAAAUUCUUACUUGUUGUGUCAUGCAAUUACAUCGUCUUAGUCACGAUUGGGAUAUUGAGUUGAGAGGAAUGUGCGGCCUCUGCACUGCACCGGUUCUGUAGAUAAACUCGAAUAUCCAGCUUGUGCAAUUGUUGAAUCCCUUGUCCUUCACUAGCACUAAAUUUGUCACUUUAAAUUUAAAAACCAGGGAAUCCCACCAGCCAUCCUGUUGUCAUCCCCCGUAGAUUCUUGAUCUUUACCUGUCAUGAAGAGAUAGAUCGUAGUCAUCCAAGUGUCUGACAAAACCUUUCAUCUAAUAACGUACUGGGCACCUUCUUUGCAAAAAUGUUUACUCCGUGGUUCUCAUUCAUUUUUAUUUCUGCAUUCUGACACGUAUUUUUUUAAUAAAGAUGAGAAAGAUAAAAAUGACUGUUGCAGUACAUUUCUAAACCUACUUUAACUUUACCUCAGAUAAUGACCAUUUGUUAACAUAUACGGACACAUUAUUUUUAACUUUAUGUAUAAUGCAUUCAGCAACAAUGACGACGACAACGAAAAACCCAACAAGUUUUUAGAACUUUUCCAUUAAUUUCUGUAACACACCAUGUAAUACUGUUAUGAAUAAAAACAUUUUAAAAAGGC